AUGCGCUUCAAUACUUUCAGCGGGAAGAACGAGUCUUGCACUGACCUCCACGCAAGUCCAGACUGUCCCGAGGAAAAGAAGAAGACGCUGGCUAUAUUAGAGAGUUCUUUAGCGGCAGGGCUUGAAACCCUCUGUGAGAACGAAGGGUCCCAUCUGAAGAAGCUGCUGAUUACUUUCCGGUGCUGGAACUUGGAAAUGUUCGUCAGCUGUCUCAGGCAACUUCCCCUGACGGCCAUGGGUCUUGACUUCUUCACUGCAAAUUGGACUCAAGAGAAUUUGCAGGUGCUGAAGGUGGAAUUGCGCAAGUGCGUUGACGGUGCCCGGACUAACAGCACGGAGUGCGCUCAGGUCGACAUGGAGCCAGUUGAAAAAUUUAUCGCGAGUUUCCUGGAACGCGCGGUGCCUGGAUACCCGGCGCUUGGAACGCGCGGCGACUACAGUGGAAGAGGCAACGUGGCCACGCAAGCCCGCUCGAGCUCUGCUGCCAUGCUGACUGCCGUCCUGGCUGUGGCUUUCACGGGGCGUAACUAGAGUGCACACCGUGAACAAUGACUAGCCUGGGAGCUAGGACGCUAGAUAGGUCCGAAGUUGCGUACAUUUGCCGAGCCGUAGUUUAAUGUUUGUAUGACAUACAUACACGUCUGAGCAUGCUGUGCCAGCCCCUACUCGAGGACAUGCGGAACACGUAUGCUGGGACGCCCUGUAUAGACGCGUGCAAUGUUUCAAGGAGAAAAGCUUAACCGUUAGCCUUCAGCAACAAAUGUAAAACCUAAUUUACUGCUGAAAGCAGCAAUAGCGUUUUGGAAACUAUCCUACUUCGCUCCUCAAUGUACAUACAGCGUCGAAGUUUUUCCCCGAGCUUGCCCCUCACAAAAUGUAAUUCCUGGAAAGUACUCGCUUUAUACGCAGAAUGGUUUUCAAGCGGCGUGGUGUCGAACGCUCCACGGAUCUCCAGAGCUUAAUUAAUAUUCGGUAGUUUCCCCGUCCCCUAAUUACUCGUCCACCUAUGCUAACGCCCAUACCUCUACAUACCUAAACAAAAUUACACCUUUUGGGCUGUAUCUUGCCACACAUCGAUAAUCUUCAUCCGUGUUGUCCGCAUUUCCUUUCUUUCACGCUGCGAGCCCGGUACUUCCAAAUCACGAAUGGCAUGCGUGUUAUCAGCAUGACAGAGCAUUCUCGACAGGAAAGUUGCGAGCGCAGCGUUUUCAAGAAAGGAAAAUCAAGCAAGACAAAUGACGAUUAUUGUUGUGUGGCAGGAUAUGACCCAUAGGGUGUACAUUUCUUUUAAAGUGUACUUAACACGUGCAAUGACUCCAAGAAAUCUUUUAGCCCAAUUCAAAUGUUCUUUCAAACUUAUUUCCACCGGCAUGUCGAGCGGGCAGAAUUUUUAUGGAUGUCCUUGGGCGAACGUCUUUCCUCCGCAUCUAGUCGCACUAAUAAAUUCACUGUAAAACUACACAUAGUUGAACUACAUGACGUGAUGCGGUCACCAGUUAACAACCACACAACUUUUUGACCAUGUGCACCCAUGGCGAGAAGCACUGAAGGGCAGUGUCUGUUCUCGAACCGUGAUAAAUUUCUGAGCGCACAAAUUCCUUGCACAAGCUUUUCCUGGCCUGAGAUUACUUAUUCGACACGUUAACGGUGACAAGUCGUUUAUUCGGCGACAACUGUGUACCGCGUUCCUUGCUGAUGACUGUACCGUCUGUACAUAGCUUUGACAGAGAUGUUCUGCGUUAUUGAUGCUGUUGUCAUCGACGUUCUUGUAAAUAAAAGGUUGAUGCU